UUUCUGAAUGUCUAAUGCAGUUUGGAGACUACGUUGAGGAACUUUUCUUGCUUAACCACAGGGGAUAGUAUUAUGGUGGCUUACAAUAAUAAAAAGUACUAUAUAGACAUCAUAGAGUCGAAGCCUUCAAAUGCAAUAAGUAUUAUAGAAACUGAUUGUGAAGUGGACUUUGCUCCUCCUCUUGAUUACAAGGAGCCUGAAAAACGUGCCACAUCUAUUCCAACGGGCAAAGCACCGGCAGAAGGUCAGGAGCCUCCAGCCGAAGAACCAAAAUUCAAUGCCUUUACUGGUGUUGCCAGACGCUUGGAUGGAAAGCCUCUGAAGAACUUGUCCCCACCCAUUUCAUCAUCAGGGUCGAAAGACAGGACACCUGGUACUUCCAAUGGAGUUGGGCAAUCUUCCGCUUCCAGUUCCAGUUCACAAAGCACUAGCCGUCAAUCUCAGGGAAAGCUUGUCUUCGGCUCAAAUACAAAUCGGACUGGAGAAGCUCAGAAGGACACUCCAAAAGAGACAAAGCCGGAGCCUCCGAAGAAAGAAGAGCCGAAGUUUCAGCCGUUCUCUGGAAAGAAGUACUCAUUGAAGGGUUGAUUGUGUAUUAAUGGAAGCCUUUUAUGUUAUGCAUAUAUUAAUCUAUGGGUCAGAACUACAGGAAUUAUAUUUAAGUGGGACAUUUUGUGAUCAAAAUGUGUUAACUGUUGGUUCUUGUUCCAAAUGUGAAGAAAUUAUAUGCUUAACUCUAUCUACCGAGUCUUCUACU